AUGUCAAGCAUACCACAAGCUCUAUGGUUUGAAAUUCUUUCAAGGGUUCCUGUGGAAACAACCUUCGUAUUUCUCUCAGAGGGUCAUGACACAGUAUUGGCGUCUACGGGUGUGUAUACGGUUGUAUCGGAUGUCCCUUACAAAUAUUCAAAUUCUUAUGUUACUCUUUUAGGUUCAUCCAAAGCGAUUCACGCCCCUGGUGAUGGUUCCGCUAUUCACGUCUUCAGGCUACGUGAAAAGUUGUGGAGCACUCAAACCAUCUGUUAUAAUAUCCAUCCUUCUAACGACGAGGUACUUCUUAUUGGUGCUUUUCAUUGGGUAUGUAAUAUGAGAGGCUCUGCCGGUCAGUUCAUAUUAUCGUGGGAUAUCCAUUUAGAGGUAUUCAAAGAAGUACCAUUACCAAAAAUAAACUGGGGUCAGAGCCUUGUCUUACUGGAUAUCGGGAUAAUGGACUUGUAUCUCUGUGCCCUUGUACGUGUUCCGACGAGUCAAAUUCAGGUAUGGGUGAUGCAUGAAUAUGGAGCUGGGAAUUCAUGGUGUCAACGUUACAUCAUUACCAAUGAUACUAUAGUGAAUCAUCCUAGUUUCGCAAUGGGAUAUGCAUACUCGUACACUAUGAAGGUUGCGUGUAUUUUUAAAAGCGGUGAAAUUUUAUUCUGGGCAGAGUCUUUUAUAUAA